AUGGGUAGAAGGAAUAUCACACAUGUGUCUGACUUCAUCCUCAUGGGAUUGACAGAUUCUGAAGAGCUCCAGCUUGUCCUCUUUAUGCUGUUUCUCCUGAUCUACCUGAUCACUGUGCAGUGGAAUUCAGUUAUGAUGCUGAUCAUCCGCCUGGAUCUCCAGCUUCACACCCCCAUGUAUUUUUUCCUCAGUAACCUCUCAUUUCUUGACCUCAGUUACACAACCGUCAUCACCCCUAAAACCUUAGGAAACUUACUGACAUCCACCAAGCAUAUUUCAUACCUGAGCUGCUUCAUCCAGAUGUAUUUCUUUCUCUUUUUGGGUGCCACUGAAUGUUCUCUUCUCUCCUCAGUAGCCUAUGAUCGCUAUGUAGCUAUCUGCAACCCUCUGCAUUACCCAGUUGUUAUGUCCACCAGAAGUUGCUGCUCCCUAGUCUUGGGAUCCUAUUUGAUUGGCUUCAGGGACUCCUUUGUUAAUGUGCUUUGCAUGAACACAUUGAAUUUCUGUGAUUCCAAUAUAAUCUAUCACUUUUUCUGUGAUGUACCUCCAAUUUUAGCCCUGUUCUGCGCUGACACACACAGCAUGGAAAUCAUGAUAUUCGUUAAUGCAGGCUCCACAAUACUGAUGUCUCUUAUUAAAAUACCUGUGUCCUAUGUGUCCAUCCUCUCUACUAUCCUGAAAAUUACUUCCACAUCAGGGAAGUGGAAAACCUUCUCUACUUGUGCCUCCCAUUUCCUGGGAGUCACCAUCUUUUAUAGCACUCUGAUUUUUACUUACUUAAAACCAACUAAAUCCUACUCCUUGGGAAAGGAUCAAAUAGCAUCUGUUUUUUUAUACUAUUGUCAUCCCCAUGUUGAAUCCACUCAUAUAUAG